AUGCCUAUUGCGUGCCUUAUCAGUCAACAGAUUCUUUGCAUGCAUGGUGGCCUAUCGCCGAACAUUCACACGAUAGGCGAAAUUGCCGCGCUAAGGAAACCGAUUGUUACCAGGCAUAAACAAGACAGGCAUAUAGACUUCUUAUGGUCCGAUCCUCAUAUCGACGUCUGGACAUUUGAGUUGUCAUUGAUUGUGCGUGGUCAUCAACCACCUAUGAGUGGCUAUGAGAGAAUCGGAAAACAUCUUGUAACGAUUUUUUCAACACCAGCUUAUCGAAUUGAGGAAAAUGUUGGCAAUAUGGGUGCAUCUCUUGUAAUCGACAAAGAUGGAACGAUGGACAUCAUACGAAUGCAAGUUGGAGAGCAACUAAAACUUAAACGACAACGAUACAAGAUGGAUAAGGUACUUACGGUUCAGUUAGAGGUUUAG